AGACGCAGAUGGUGAAGAUGAAAGAAUGGGAGAGGGUGGAGGAAGUCAGCUUAAAGAGGGUGAACCACAGACAUUGACAAGAAGUGAUGAUCGCUGUCAAGGUGCACAGACUGAAACAAGACUGGGAAAUAAAAAGAGAGGUAACGUGAGAGAGAAAGAUCUUUGCUUUAGCUGUAUCGUAGCCGGAUGAGCGCCUGAAACUGUGGGAUCCCCCUAAUCUGAGUUGUUUUACUGCAUCGGACCUGCAACUUUUAGAGAAGCAAGCCCACCCACCGACCUUCUCUCCCCUCCAUGCACUCACCGCCCCUGCUUUACAGGGGAAAGAGGCAGAGGUAGGAAGGGAGCGAGCAGAGAGUAGAAAGAGGAAGCAGCAUUUAUCUCAGUGGCUUCAACCUCAGCUUCAGCACUUCUCUGUUUUGUUAACAAAAUAACGAUGUGCUCUGAGGAACAUUUCCCACUCGGACUGGCUACGACUGAGGCAUCAUGAGGCCUAACAGCUGCCGGACCAUCCUGCAUGUGUUCAUCUUGGCAGGGAUGCUUCUCACCUUAAAAGCUGACAGUGAAGAUCCAGAUUGUGACAUUAUAGUUAAAGUUAAUCAUCACACGGUUUAUGAAGCCUUGCUCGGAGAAGACCUUCGGAUUAACUGCACAGUUGAAUUCUGCAACGAUCCACCACCUCCAGUCUCCUGGUACAAACGUGAGACCACCGAUGUCCCCGUCAAUGUCAGCAACAGCAGCCACUUUAAAACAGAGUGGAAUAUUUUAAAACAUUUAGAAGGGAUAGCAUUUUUGAUUUUCAAAAAAGUACGCAGAAACGAUUCAGGCGUGUAUCAGUGUAAAAGUGGAGAAAGUGUCAGUCACAACAUCAACGUCUCUGUCCACGAUGUUGAUGGGCGUACCAACGUUACAGGGACCAAUGACACAACAGGAAGCGACGAUUCGCAUCCAACCACAGAAGACCCAUUGAUGUACAUGUACUUUGCUGCAGGGGUUGUGGCGUUUGUCAUCAUUGUGAUAAUCAUAUCAGUCGUAUCAUUGCAAGGGUGUAAAGGGAAAUCAAAGAAAGAGAGGCAAACUGAAAAUCAGUACAUGGCGAUCCCCAUGGUGGAGCAACCUAUAUCGCAAGCCAGCCCUCGGACAAGAGGAAGCCCCUCUGCGCCGCCAUCUCGGAGGUCAACCCGUAGAAAGACCCCACCCUCACAGCCCAAUGAGUUGCCAUUACCUAAAGACAAUGCUCCCAUGUACGGCAAGGUGAGAGAGGACCGAGAGAGACGGGGAAAUGCGUCGGAGGAAGCGGGAUCUGUUGUGUACGCUGCUCUCAACCAUCAGCCUCCAGCGGUGGCUGCUGCCCGGCCGCGGAGGCCAAGGGAGGAGCAGUCAGAGUACGCGGCUAUCCGUGUUAAAGAUCCGCCCCCACUAGACUAAAUCACUUCAAAGAGCACGACAUCUCACAUUAGGUUAAGGCGCCUUGAUGUAAAUUCAGCAACCACUAACAACAGAAGACCACAUUAAGGAACUGACACUUCUCAGAGGAGCUCAUGGGGCGAUUAAAAGGGGAUGUAGAAAAGUCAUCCCACCCAAUCUACCAGAGACUCUAAAGAUUGGCCCUUUGCUAAAGUGAGCAUCUACACAUUUGGGUCAAUACUUUAAAGGCUCUGCUGGAAAUAUUUCAGGUCAUCAUGUACUAAUAAGAAUGGGUGCACUCCAAACUUUCCCAAUUGAAACGGACUGCAGCUAAGCCCGACCGUCACAAACCAGCACAGUGCUUUAGUGUCCACUCCAUUUCAUAAUUUACUCCAGUUUUAUUAACGUCUGCCAAAACCAAUAGUGUCCUUUUUUUGUAGGACAUUUCUUUUAAAAAUGUAACAGUAUAUUUGUGGUCCUUUUUUUCGUCUUUGGUAAGGACCAAUGUGCUCGGGGUCACAGACAGGGGAAGAUAAAGAAUUGGGAGCUGGACUAUUUUUGGUGUUUCAUUGUAUUUGUUGACAAGAAAAAUACUGAAUCCUCUAACAUGAGUGGGAAAAAGGCUGAAAUCAGGCCUCAAAGUCCUCAAUCUGUGUAAAUCUGUAGCGUCGGAGAGUCUAAAAGCAGCUCCGUCUCUUACCAAACUGAAAGUUUUGUACAGAAUUUUUGCAAACUGUCUUUGAUUAAUAUAAUUUUUUUGUUCUGGA